UGAAUAAAUAUUCGAAUUAUCACCCGCCUCGUAUUACGUAUGAUCAGUGCCGGUUAUUUUUAUAAUUAGUAAGCAAGCGAACUUAGCAGCAUUACGAGUCAUUCACAUCUCGUUCUCAAAGUUGAAGUCGUUGUUGUCUCCGUGUUAAACUUGAUUUUGAUAUCACGGCUAAAUUCAAAGCUCUGUUUGAGUCAUACAGCAAAGUCUUUAGUUCAGUUGAAUCCCAACCGUGAAGCUGGCUACUUGUGGAGCAAUCAAAAAUCGCAUAAUGUCCGCUGGUCGAGUAUUAGUUUACGGAGGAAAGGGCGCGCUAGGUGCAGCGUGUGUUGAACACUUUAAAAACAAAGACUACUGGGUCGGCAGCAUUGACUUGAGUGAAAACGAGAAGGCUGAUGUGAGCAUUGUGGUGCCUCGCGAUAGCAAUUGGGCGGAACAGGAGUCAGAAAUUGUUGGCAAGGUGGGCGAAACUUUAAACGGUGAGAAACUCGAUGCUGUGAUCUGUGUGGCUGGUGGUUGGGCAGGAGGCAAUGCUAAGAAAGACUUGGCCAAAAAUGCUGAUCUGAUGUGGCGUCAGAGCGUAUGGACCUCUAGUAUAUCCGCAACAGUUGCCGCUCAACAUUUAAAGGAUGGUGGUCUGCUGGCGCUCACUGGUGCGAAGCCUGCCCUCGAAGGCACACCAGGCAUGAUUGGCUAUGGAAUGGCCAAGGCAGCGGUCCAUCAGCUCACACGUUCUCUCGCUGGCGAAAAUUCUGGUCUUCCAACGGAUGCCAUUGUCGUGGCUAUUUUGCCAGUUACCUUGGAUACGCCCAUGAAUCGAAAGUGGAUGCCAAAAGCCGAUUUCAGCACAUGGACACCACUCACAGAUGUUGCCGAGCUGUUUCAAAAAUGGACACAGUCGCUGGAUCGUCCGAAAACAGGGUCGCUGUUGCAACUCAUCACAACGAAUGGUGUUACAAAAUUAGUAGCUGCAGAAUAAGGCGACACAGAUCAGACUAGAUCCUGACUAUUGGAAGCCCAAUUUAAAAAAUGAUACGACUACAAAUAUAAAUAUCCAUACUCAUGUAUAUACAUUUUGGCUUGGUGCUGAACAAAAACUAUAAAUAAACUUGUUUGUGGCUUAAGA